GAGCAGGACAAAGGAAUGCCAUCCAUCCACGAGUACAAACUUGAAAGCAACUUAGUUGUAAAAGACAGAACCAAAUACAGAGACUGGGGAGGGGAGACGAAUGACAAAGGAGGGAGACAAAUGGACGGCAGAGAUUUCACUUAUAUGGUAACAUGGCCUGUGCAUGGGACUUUCAGUUUCGUGUCCUGCUGCUGGGGGACUCCGGAGUUGGGAAGACUUCUCUCUUACGCAGAUAUACUAAUGACGAAUUUACAGAGACAACCGGACCCACAGUAGGGGUAGACUUUUGUUGUCGAAUAGAAGAACCAGAGGAUGGAGUUAAAGUCAGACUGCAGUUCUGGGAUACAGCUGGCCAGGAGCGAUAUCGGGCAGUAACAAGGUCUUAUUACAGAAAUGCUGCUUGCGUUAUCCUCUUGUUUGAUCUCACUGCUCACAAGACUUUUGAGAACAUCCACAACUGGUACCAGGAAGUGACAGAGCGGGCCCAACCGAAUCCACUGGUUUUAUUGCUGCUUGGAACCAAAAGUGACUUGCGGGAUCUUCGAGAGGUCACCCGAGAGGAGGCACAAAAUAUGGCAAACUCCAUAAAUGCUCCAUAUCUAGAGACUUCUGCACGAACUGGUAGCAAUGUUUCCGCAGCGCUCUCCCUUAUUUGCAGAGAGCUGCUACAAGCAGCGAGAGAAGAAAAACAUACAACAAUGGAGCGCAGCAUAGUGGGAUGCUCAACAGGCGAAGAAGUACAGAAACCGAGAACGCUAUGCAUAUGCUGACAAGAAUCGGGAAAAUGCACAACUUUUGCUUUUCAGUUUGUUAUGAUAGUGUACCUCAAAUGAUAGUGUACGAUUCUAAAGUAUUAAGACCCUCUUCACUUUUUUCAAUUUUGUUAUGUUGCAGCUUGAUACUACAGUUGUUUAAAUUCAUUUUUUUCUCUCUAAUUAACCUACACGCUGCUGUACCCCAUAAUGACUAAAUGAAAACAUUUAUUAAAUGAAAAACUGAAAUAUCACAUGUACUUAAGACCCUUUACUCAGUACUUUGUUGAAGUACCUUUGGCAGCAGUUACAGCUUUGAGUCUUUUUGGGUAUGACGCGGCAAGCUUUACACAGAUGGAUUGGGGUAUACAACGAUUUGCAGGGCUUUCCAAAGAUGUUCAAUAGGGUUUAAGUCAGGGCUCUGGCUGGGCCACUCUAGAACAUUCACAGAGUUGUCCCUAAGCAACUCCUGUGUUGUCUUUGCUGUGUGCUUAGGAUCAUGGUCAUGUUGGAAGUUGAAUCUUCAGUCCAGUCUGAGGUCCUAAGCGCCGUGGAGCAGGUUUUCAUUGAGGCUAUCUCUGUACUUUGCUCCAUUCAUCUUUUUCCUCCAGUCCUUGCUGCUGAAAAAACACCCCCACAACAGCAUGAUGCUGCCACCACCAUGCUUCACUGUUGGGAUGUAUUAGGCAGGAGAUGAGCUGUGCCUGGUUUCCUCUAGACAAUGUUAAAAAAUUAGGCCAAGCUGUUCAAUCUUGGUUUCAUCAGACCAGAGAACCUUGUUCCUUACAGUCUGAAAGUCUAUUAGCAGGAUCCAAGUGGGUUUUUAUGCCUUUUGCACAUGUAGCCACUCUGCCAUAAAGCCCAGAUCGGUAGAGGGCUGCAGUGAUGGUUGUCCUUCUGGAACUUUGCCCCACCUCCACACAGGAUCUCUGGAGCUCAAUCAGUGACCAUCUGGCUUUUGGUCACCUCUCUUACUAAGGCCCUUCUCCCCUGAUUGCUCAGUUUGGUCAAGCGACCAGAUCUUGGAAAAGUCCUGGUUGUGCCAAACUUAUUCCAUUUGAGAAUUAUGGAGGCCACUUAGCUCGUGGGAACCUUCAGUGAAGCAAAAUUUGUUUGUAGCCUUCAGUUCCUUUUGCUCGAAUACAGUAUGCAUUGUCAGUUGUGAGUCUUUAUAGGAAUGCGUGUGCUUUCCAAAUCAUGUCCAAUCAAUUAACGUAAUUUACCACAGGUGGACUCCAAUCAAGGUUUAUAAACAUCUCAGCAACUAUUAAGAGAAAUAGAAGGCAUCGCAGCUAAAUUUCAAGUCUUUUUGCAAAGGGUCUGAAUACUUAUGCCAAUAUAUUUUGGAUUUUAUUUUUCCAUAUAUUUGCAAACAUUUCUAAAAAUUCUGUUUUUACUUUGUCAUUAUUGGGUACUAAGUUUGGAUUAAUGGUUCAAAAAAAUGUUUAAACAACUGUAGUAUCAGGCUUCAACAUAACACAAUUGAAAAAAAAGGAAGAGGGUCUCAAUACUUUAUGAAUGCAUUGUAUGUGUGCUUUUAUUUACUUGAAUCUUCUCCUUGGCACAGAUGAACACGCAUUGUUAGGUUGCCUUUGCAGCUUAAGGGGGGCAGUUGGUGGAUGGUAAAACACAGAUUGAUUACCUGCUUUUUUACCACCUCCUAACAAGUGCUGAGCAGCAUUUUUACCUCACAUAUCUCUUGCUCUCUGCGCUCAAGACAACCGACAUUCUACACGGGCUAUUGAAGAACAACAGGCAAUGUAAUCUUGACUGCACCUUGAUGUAUAUGUUUCUUAUUAGCACUGAGCACAAGCAGAAUAAAGCUUGGUACUUCAGCACUAACAAAUAUAAAAAAAAAAAAAAUCAGGCAACACUGGUUUUUAAGGCUGCACUAUUCUAACAAUUCAAAA